AACAAAUCGUCGCCAGAUGCCGGCGACAAUAAAACGUUUUACAAUGUAACCAAGGCGAGAAGAACACGCUGCUAUCGCCCAAGAGCAAGGAGCACGGUGACUCCUUUCUCUCUCUCUCUGCUUGUGCCACCACCCAUGUGGCAGUAACGUGCAACAAAGUUGAUAAUUGUUUAUGGCGACGCCUUCGAUUGGACUUUUAUGUCUGCCAAUACUGAGUAAGGGUGAUGACCUACAAGUCCAUUCCAGCAAUCAUUCACACAAUGAUUGAGUGCCCGUAGAAUCCGUAUAAUCAUAGCCCUGUUCAUAUAAAUUACCCCGGCGAUAGCAGUCUCAGAUAAGCUCUCUCGAACAAAGACCGAGAUCCAUUGUAGCACACCCAUCGAUCGGGGCAUUGGCUUGACGAUGAAACUUGCCUCUAUCUGCCGGGUGCCCAUCCACGUCAGGGGUAUCCUAUCCUACCAUCCUGCCUGGCUUCAUUAUAUUGAAAUUUUAGCAUCGUUAUUUUGCAUAAUUUGCGUUUCGCUUGAAUGCAGCCACGCCACGCCACCUUGAAGUAUUUCUAUAACUACCAAGACGUUGAGGCUGAUGUGAGACCAGAGUGGGAUACGAGUGGAAUAGGAUACUGAGGGAGUUGUGUGUGACGGUUGUCAACGCUACCUGGGCACAUGCGAAACGUGAACUUUGUGGCAUCAAGUUAAUGAUUUUCACUUGUUGGAGCCCCUGCUCUCACAUUCUUAGCAAGCAAAGUAAUGAAGUUGAUUUAUUGUAUUACAAUCCGACUCCGGUUUCUUUGUACCUUCAUCCCUCGUUCCUACGUUCCUUGCCUUACCGUUUUCCAUUGUUUGAGAGCAUUGAACUCUUCCCAAUUGAACGAUAUAAAUAGAUCUAAAUCCGUUGUGGUUUUCACGCCCGGAGAAGAUCUGAGAACUGCGCAUCUGUCUAGUUCCGUUAGAGCGCAGCACUUCCUUUGCGGCUAUAAAUAAAAAAACCAGUCGCAUCCACAAUACAACCCCAACCCCAACACCGAUUCCGUCUGCGACUGCGACUCCGAUUCUAGAGCGGCAGACACGCGUCUGCGUUCGUCAGCUGAUGGAGCUAUAUAUAGAAAAUAGUGCCAGGGCCAGGCAGCCACCCAAAAGAGGAAGAGCCCAAUCGAACGGACAAAGGGCUUCCAUUCAGUGUAUCGACGUGCGCGAUGGAGUGCAGAGCUAUUCCCAUUCUUCCGAACUACGCCCAAGCCUGUGGGGAUGUGUAUAUAUCGCCACUUCCACGCAAGAGAUCUUUGUGCCACACGCUGUUCGCCUACAGGACUCUGAACGAUCCCGUCAUCAUUUUGAUCACCUUGGCCGUAGUCGUCGGCUCCUUCUGUCUGCUGAGCGGCUUCAUUCUGCUCUGCGUCGUCUCCAAAGCCUGGCAGGACGAGACCUCCGAGGCUAUAUUGCUAAUGGGCCUGCGCUAGCCGUUCAUUUUCAGUUCGAGUCGCUACCUUGCCGAAAGAUGCCGCACUUGCAGCGCCUUAACCCGACCUGGGCCAGGCAUUCCAUACACAUCGCAAGAAGCCUCUGGCGCCGCUGUACCCAACUGUCGAGGAGUCCAAAGUUCCAGCGCUACGUGCGAUUUCUACAGUCAAACCUGUGCCCCGUCUAGUCCGUGCUGCAGCUGCAUUGCUGGAGUGGAGUUUGAGAGAAGAUCGGGACUCUUUCAGCGGAUGACAGCAUCGGCAGCAAACUUUCUGCGAUUCUUCCACCAAAAAUGCGCAGCAUUCGCAGUAAUUGUGGCUGCUUUGAGAAUCGACGCACGUAGGAGGGGUUGAUGGAUGCCAAAAUUUAGCACACACUGCGCAUUAUUUAUACACCAUUAUACCCCAAAGAAAUGGCCAACGACCUUCACUCACUCCACAGAAAUAGAUCCACGGGAGCAAUGGGAUCCGCUGGAAGAUUAUAAAGACACCUCGUACUCACAAUUCGUGAAGCAUUUGCAAAAACUGCAAUGAGAUGGCGAGAUGAAGAGGUCUACCUCUUAUCGAUGCCAUGUCAAUCACUUGAUGAUGACAGCGGGAUC